GUAAUUUGUAUGAUAUGUAAAUAAUGUAUGUAUGUAUGUACUGUAUAUCCGCCAAAAUUCUAAACUGGACUGAUAAUCGAGAUGUUAUGAAGGCACUGCAGCAAACUGUACAUAGGGCAGCAGCGUUGACAGAGACUGGUCUCGCAGCAUAAUCCGUCAAAUUGUACAACAUGUAUAUAUAAUCUCCGUCCGAUCUUCUCGUUCAAAACAUAUUAGACGUCCCAGAAGACCGAGCGAUCUGUACGGAUGGGGAGUUACCGGGGAUCCAAGGCAACUUGAGCUUGCGCAAAUUUUGCAAUAGGAUCGUUGGAGCGCUGUUAUAGCUGUUCGUUCCACAGCAAGAUGGAUGUGGAAUGGACGUCAAAACUGACUCAUACUUUUUCAUUUAUUUGUGAAAGUUAUAAUAACGAAGUGUUUUGACCAAAACUCCCAUCACUAAUAUAUCAUGCUGGUUGUAGCCUCUUCCUCGUUGCGAGCUGGACGAAGGGCUGCCAUCGUCAUAGGAGGCCAACGCCAGGCUGCUGUACAUGUCGUUCGCAAGUCUGGAACAAGGAGUUUACAGCAGUCAGUUGCGCAGACAGACCGAGAUACUAUUACUCGACUUCUUUACUCCCUAGGUUCAAAACGAGAAGUUGAACGCCAUCUGCGGAUCUUUUCAUCCGCUUCACAUCCUUCUCAGCCAGCCAAGUUCGCGGUCAUCAAGGUCGGAGGCGCAGUACUCGACCAAAUUGAUGAGCUUGCUCUCAGUUUAAGCUUUCUCUACCGCGUUGGCCUCUACCCGGUUGUCCUUCACGGGGGUGGGCCGCAAUUAAACGGGCUCAUUGAGCGUGCUGGUGUUGUACCUGAUUACAUUGAUGGAAUUCGGGUCACUGACACCAAGACUUUGCAAAUUGCACGUCGGGUUUUCUUAGAAGAGAACUUGAAGCUUGUCGGAGCCCUUGAAAAGCUCGGAACUCGCGCCAGGCCGAUCACUUCCGGUGUCUUCACCGCUGACUACCUUGACAAGGACAAGUAUGGUCUCGUCGGAAAGAUCAUUAAAGUCGACAGGCGUCCCGUUGAAGCUUCUAUUCGUGCAGGAGCCCUCCCUAUCCUUACCAGUCUUGCUGAAUCCCCAGAUGGGCAAAUCCUGAACGUCAAUGCAGACAUUGCAGCAGGCGAAGUUGCCAAAGAGUUUGAGCCGAUGAAGAUUGUAUUCCUUAAUGAAAAAGGUGGCCUUUUCCACGGAGUAACUGGAGAGAAAAUUAGCGUCAUAAGCCUGGACGAGGAAUAUGAUACGUUGAUGAAGGAGCCUUGGGUCAAGUUCGGAACGAAGCUCAAACUCCGCGAAUUCAAGGAGCUACUUGAUUACCUUCCUCGCACAUCCUCCGUUGCUGUCAUUUCUGCCUCUUCUCUCCAGAAAGAAUUAUUUACCGAUAGCGGCGCAGGCACUCUCAUCCGUAGGGGUUACAAACUCUUCAAACAUGACAGCAUAGAAAGUCUUGGGGCAGACAGAUUCCGUCAGGUUAUUCAUGAUCGCGAUCCUGAAGUCAUCUCAGGCGACCAAAGCGUUACGGAGGUGCUCAACCGCAUUCAGAAGACACCCUACACUAUUUAUGGCGAUGAGCCUAUGGAUGUCUUCGCAGUCGUCUCACAUCCUGAAGGCGAGAUGCCUGUCAUGUCGAAACUCCUUUCCUCUCGUAGUGGCGUACUGAACAGCGUUGUGGACAAUGUCUUCAACGCUAUCAAAAAAGAUCACAGGAAGCUUUUCUGGACCGCUCAAGUUGACGACGAGAACCGGUCGUGGCACUUUGAGCGCGCAGACGGUAGUUUUACUCGGGCUGGAAAGAGUCUUUUCUGGUACGGUAUCCAGGAUGUGACAGAAGUUGAGAAAGUCGUGCGUGACUUUGAGGCCAAACAACGUAUUGAACGUUCGUACCUACCUGUUGGUCCUGGAGCUCCCCCGCACAAAGCCGGUGCAGCAGCAACACCUGCAGGUACUCGUGCGUUCUCGACCUGGAUCAGGGGAAGGAAUAUUCCUGGAUCGUCGCGCGGAUAUGCUACUUCUGUGGCAGACGCACCUAGCCCCGUGUCCACGGAGAUUAAACGUCUCGGACUCAUUGGUGCACGAGGUUUCACUGGUCAGGCACUCACCAAUAUUCUCUCGGGCCACCCCUACCUAAAUUUAACCCAUGUUUCUUCUCGCCAACUCGCUGGCUAUCCUCUUACCGGAUAUAGAACUCCUGUCACAUACAGUAAUCUUUCCCCGGAGGAUGUGGAGAGAAUGGAGAAGGACGGCGAAGUGGAUGCUUGGGUCAUGGCGUUGCCAAAUGGCGCUUGUAAGCCGUUCGUCGAUGCUGUUGACCGUGGCUCAAAAGAGAGGUCCUCGGAACCGAGUGCGAUUGUCGAUCUUAGCGCAGACUAUAGGUUUGAGAAGGAGUGGGUGUACGGGCUUCCUGAGCUCUACGGACGAGAUGCAAUUCGCGCAGCGAAACGAAUUUCUAAUCCAGGGUGCUACUCUACUUCUGCGCAAAUGCUAAUCGCUCCGCUGCUGAAAUAUGUUAAGCCUGGAGCAUGGCCUACUGUGUUCGGUCUAUCUGGGUACAGCGGCGCGGGAACCAUUUCAAGCAAUGACCCUGACGGUCGUCCUAUCAGUCUACCAAAAGUCACUCCAGACUCACUCGGAGGAGGUGUUCGCCCUUACUCACUUACAGACCACAUUCACGAGCGCGAGGCGGCGUUCCAUCUAUCUACGAUGCUUUCUGACCCUUCAUCGUCGACGAUGAAAUUGGCGUUUAUCCCAGCAGUGGCUCCAUGGUUUAGUGGGAUCAUUUCGACGUUGUCGAUGCCGCUUAGUGAACAACUUACCGCUCGGGAUGUCGCCUCGCUGUAUGAGCAGAAAUAUCAAGGGGAGCAGCUAGUGAAGAUCAAGAAGGAGGUACCCACGUUGGCUGAUAUUGAGGGCAAACAUUCAUGGGUAGUGGGAGGAAUACAGGUGCAUAGUGAGGGUGAUCGUGUGGUCAUUGUGGGUGGACUCGAUAACUUGUUAAAAGGUGCUGCGACCCAGUGUUUACAGAACUUGAAUCUUGCUCUUGGGUACGACGAGUUGGCUGGAAUUCCUAACUCUGCUUAAUAGAUAAUCGGAUUCUGUACGAUUUCUGAGGUGAUUCAUGAGGGGAACAAAUGCGCGAACUAUACAUAUCACCGUAGAAUAAAAUCAUUUAGUUUACUUACUGGCCUGAGGACUACAUAAACUGAGAAUUCAUUUU